AUGGCCUCUUUUGCAUUGAUUCGCAGCUCGGUGCUCAAUAAGCCUUUCACUCCAUUCCGACAGUCAAUCUCUCGCGCGAUCGCCACCCGGGCAACCUCAUACACACUAAACACGGGACACAAGAUUCCCGCACUCGGAAUUGGCACAUUCGGAGACGCAGAAUCUCAGGAAGCCAUCGUCACCCAAGCAUUAAAAAAGGGCAUAAGAUUCAUUGAUACUGCCCGUGUAUACGAUGUCGAAGUUCAAGUAGGCAAAGGCAUGAAAUGCAGCGGUGUUCCGCGUGAAGACGUGUACCUCGCCACUAAGCUCUGGUGCUCGGACUACCACCCCGAGGAUGUGGAGCGUGCCUUGGAUGACUCGCUCCGUGACCUGGAUACUCCAUAUGUUGAUUUGCUUCUUAUGCAUUAUCCGUGUACCUUCAAGCGUGGAUCUGAUCGGUUCCCUCGCGACGACGGUGGAAGGAUGAUCGAAGGGGAGACCAGCUAUUUGGAUACCUGGAGAGCGAUGGAGAAGUUGACUCGGUCGGGCAAGGUGAAGUCUAUUGGAGUCUCCAAUUUCAGCAAAGGAGAAAUCGAGACAUUGAUCAAAGAUUCGUCAACUAUCCCAGCCGUUCAUCAGAUGGAAGUUCACCCGUAUCUCCAACAAAAAGGAUUCAACAAUUGGCUCCAGGAUAAGGGAAUCCACGUCGUUCAAUUCAGUCCUCUAGGCAACAUGAACGAUUUCUACCGGAAAACUGGCUGGAGCAAAGAGGUUUCGCACAUGAUGCGCGUGAUUGACCAGCCAAUUUUGAAGGAAAUCGCAGAGAAACACAAUAAAAGCCCGGUUCAGGUCGUUCUUGCGUGGGGCAUCAAUAGUGGGAGAAGUGUCAUUCCGAAGAGUGUGAUUGAUUGGCAGGUCGACGAAAACAUUGCUGCCGAUUUUGAAUUAGAAGAGGAGGACAUGUUUAGGAUUGCGACUUUGGAUGCGAGAGCGCGGUUCAAUGAUCCUAGUCUGGAUUAUGAGUGGAGGCUUUAUUCAGACUUGGAGGGGAUUGACGGGACCGUUAGAGGGAAGACUCAUUAG